UGUGUUCUACUGGAAGCGCGUCAGGUUGUCGUGGUAACGUCCAUCAGACACUCCUCUCUCGUCCAUGUGCAGCAGAGAGAGAAAGUGAGGGAGGGAGGAGGAGAAGACGACAGCAUCCAUUCGGCAGCCACUCUGCAGAGGAGCACUUUGCCCGGAGAGUCGUGGCAGCAGGAUGCGUCUUUUCCCGGCAUCGUCAUCGCCCUCAUCCUCAUCAUCCUCAUCGUCUCCACGCAUGGUCAAGUGACUCCUGCCUUUGUCUCGCCAACAAGAGGAGGGAAGAAAGGGAAUCGCGUCUGCUUUGGCGCACGUCUUAUGUUCCAACAACACGAGGGAGCCCAAGCAGGACGGGCGGGAUGCAGCAGUGAGGAGGCGGAGCAGAAGGAAAGCCAAGGCUUCUCCAGAUACGUGGGCCGUACCUUCGGAUCGCAGCGCCGGGUCAUGACCCAGUUGCCAUGCGCAUCGCCACGCUGACCUGCCUUCCCGGCCCUCCCCCCUUCCUCUUUCUGCUGGCCCAGCUGCUGCUGCACUUCCUGCUUCCCGGGUCCGAGCUGGUGGGCGCCGCCUCCUCCUGCCCCUCCCACUGCACCUGCUCCAACCAGGCCAGCCGCGUCAUCUGCACCAGGCAGAACCUGGACGACGUCCCAGAGAGCAUCUCUGUCAACACGCGAUACCUCAACCUGCAGGAGAACUCCAUACAGGUCAUCAAGUCGGACACCUUCAAGCACCUGAGGCAUCUGGAGAUCCUGCAGCUCUCCAAGAAUCAGAUCCGUCAGAUUGAAGUGGGCGCGUUCAAUGGCCUCCCCAACCUCAACACGCUGGAGCUGUUCGACAACCGCCUCACGCUGGUGCCAUCGCACGCCUUCGAGUACCUCAGCAAGCUGCGCGAGCUGUGGCUGCGCAACAACCCCAUCGAGACGCUGCCAGGCUACGCCUUCCACCGCGUGCCCUCGCUGCGACGCCUCGACCUCGGCGAGCUCAAAAAGCUGGAUUUCAUCUCGGACGCCGCCUUUGUGGGCCUGGUCAACCUGCGCUACCUGAACCUGGGCAUGUGCGGCCUCAAGGACAUCCCCAAGCUGACGGCGCUGGUGCGACUGGAGGAGCUGGAGCUGUCGGGGAACCGCCUGGAGAUCAUCCGCCCCGGCUCCUUCCAGGGCUUGGUGUCCCUGCGGAAGCUGUGGCUCAUGCACUCGCAGGUGUCGGUCAUCGAGCGCAAUGCCUUUGACGACCUGAAGAACCUGGAGGAGCUCAACUUGUCCCACAACUCGCUGCACUCGCUGCCACACGACCUCUUCACGCCGCUGCACCAGCUGGAGCGCGUGCACCUCAACCACAACCCGUGGGUGUGCAACUGUGACGUGCUGUGGCUCAGCUGGUGGCUGAAGGAGACGGUGCCCAGCAACACCACCUGCUGCGCCCGCUGCCAUGCCCCGCCCUUCUUGAAGGGCAAGUACAUCGGCGAGCUGGAUCAGAGCCACUUCACCUGCUACGCGCCCGUCAUCGUGGAGCCGCCCACUGACCUCAACGUCACCGAGGGCAUGGCCGCCGAGCUCAAGUGCCGCACCAGCACCUCCACGACGUCGGUCAACUGGAUCACGCCCAACGGCACGCUGAUGACACACGGCUCAUACCGCGUGCGCAUCUCAGUGCUACACGACGGCACGCUCAACUUCACCAACGUCACCCUGCGCGACACGGGCCAGUACACUUGCAUGGUGACCAACGCCGCCGGCAACACCACUGCCACUGCCGUCCUCAACGUCACCGCCGCCGAUGUCAGCGUCAACUACACCUACUUCACCACCGUCACCGUGGAAACUGUGGAGACGCCCGGAGAGGAGGAGUCCGCUUUGGUGGCCAUCAAUGAGACCUUCAUCGGCGUCCUCCCCGGCCCCACUCCCUCCGGGCACCUGUGGCCGGACGGCGUCCCCACCACGCCCUCCUCGCUGUCCAUCGACUGGUCCUCCUCGUCCCCCCGUGCCACCCGACCCACCUUCACUGUGCCCAUCACUGAGCCGGGCUUCUCGGGCCUGGAUGACGUGAUGAAAACCACCAAGAUCAUCAUCGGCUGCUUCGUGGCCAUCACCUUCAUGGCGGCCGUGAUGCUGGUGGUCUUCUACAAGCUGAGGAAGCAGCACCAGCUGCACAAGCACCACGGCCCCGCCCGUGCCAUCGAGAUCAUCAACGUGGAGGACGAACUGGGGGCCGGCGGCAGGGGCGGAGGCAUCUCUGGGGGCUCUGGCAUAACGCAGAGCAGCGGGAUAGGAGGCGGCCACAGCCUGCGGCGGCACCACUCAGACGUGGUCAACCUGCCCAGCCUGACCCGCUCCGAGCACCUCAACUACUACAAGUCCCAUCACUUCAACAACAACAUGGUGGGGCUGGGCAUGGGCACCCCCAUGGGCCUCAACAACAACAACAACCCUCUGCCUUGCUCUCAGAACAUGACUAUGUCCUGCUCCCAGGUCCCUAGCUCCACCGGCACCCUGCCCACCCCGGUGCCGCUGCCCCAGCUCAGCCUGCACAGCUCCCUGAAGGGCCUCAUGGCCAAGGGGCAGAACGAGCCGCUGCUCUUCAAGAGCGGCUCCAAGGAGAACGUGCAAGAGACUCAAAUCUGAUGGCAUGUGGAGCAAGGAGGUCAAAGUGGGGGGCGGAGGAUAGAGGGAGCCAGCGAGUAGCCGACGUCCUCGCGGCGACGACUAGCACACGCUCUCCAUCAGCGCGUCAUUCAGGCGACGACCAGCUCUCGUCUUUGCCAAAGUCCCAAACCAAGCCAACACACAGGAAGCGUUUUUUUUUUUUUUUACCAGCGGCUUCGUGUCUUUGUGGAAUAUUUCUACGGACACCAAACACGCUGCGUGGUUUUCACGCUGGAUUGCCAGGAUGCGUCUCACAGUACGACCAUGGAAGGAAGGAAGGAAGGAAUCGUGGCGUUGUGGACGAACCAGCGCCAUAAAGUUUAAAAAAAAAAAAGGGAAAAAAGAACUGAAAGUACAUAUUAUAUAUAUGGUAAAUAUAUUUUCACUGGAAGAAAUAAAUUAUAAUGAAUCUUUAUGGAGCUUCUGACGUAGAACUACGACAUGUGAAGAAUAUAUUUAACAACAAAAAACGGUUGUUCUAUGGCCCACUUUUCAAGAUGGCCGCUCCGUGGAAACUAAAUCUGAGUGAAUUUAGUUUUCUUUUUUUGUAGCCACAAAGAUUUAGUGUGGCGGUGACAAAAACAGGGUCGGAGUGCUGUGUAGCAUCAAUAAUGAAAAUAACAAGAAGAAGCAGCAGCAUCCUGCUGACAAAGCUCACAGUGUACAUAUUCCAACAAAGCUGCUCUCUAAUCACAAUGUUAGCGUUAGCAUCAUGGUCGUUGUUAUCACUACUUUUCAGUUGUACACCCACAUUGGUGGUUGGGUUUUUUUUGUUUGUUUGUUUGUUUUUUGUAACUGCUGCGACCGCCCCGCCCCGCCCCGCCGCCAGGAUUAUU